AUGCGGCGCAGAAUUCGCAACCGCCGCUGUUUUCGUACGACCCAGAGGCCCGGCAGUCUCGAGGGCAUAGAACGCUCUUCGAGCUCUCGACAGUCGCUCGUCCGCCCUAUCGAUCGGACCGUCCUCGAGCGCGACAUGUCUGCAUCUUCUGGACCGAAGCGCGAUGACCUUCCCCCUCCACGCCGCCCUCCCCCUCCAGCUUUGGUCUCUCCCCUCCAGCUCGGCCGUCGUCGUGCCGGAGUUUCUAUGCAGGUUCAAGACCGAGAGGAAGAAUCUAUUCGACGAGCUCGGCCCUCAAACAUCGGCGGCAGCGGCUCCAUGAGCAGCGACAGCGACCGCCGAGGAUCUUCAAGUGGAAGUGGGACUGUCGGUGGACGCAGAACAUCUCUCGCCGGUCCGAUCGUCGAGACCUGCUCGACACUGGCAGUUUCCCCUCCUGGCGAAUCUGGCGCAUUCACCGGAGAAUUCGCAACAUCCGUCACUGUCGACAGUCCUCGUCCGGCUCAGAGGUCCGCGACACGAACCAAAGGUCUCAACGUCAUAGAGCGCCCUCUGAACUCUCGAUUGUCGCACGGCUCUCCCUAG